AUGCAGUGGGCUCCACCGGUGGGGCUGUCCCCACAUCUAGCCGCGCCCAUGACUGUGAGCCCGCCACAGAUGUGCCGUCACCAUGUCCGGGUGACACGUUCACCCAGUCCUACACGCAUGGUGGCGGCCCCGCACCACGCGCAAAUGCCCCCGACCAUGGUGCAGCCGAUGAUCCAUUAUGGAGGACGGGCCACGCCGCAGCCAUUGCCGGGAAUGCCUUUCAAGCCUGCGCCUGCCCCAGGGCCGGUCCCCGUCGCGAUGACGCCCACGCAGAGGUACUUCCCGAGCGCUUCUCUUAGUCCGACUGGCGGCUAUCCCAUGGGGCCGCCUGCAGUCGCUGCACAGAUGCCGCGGUUGUUGAGGUCCGAGGAGGGCGCUGCUCCUGCAUGGAAGGACAUGCAACAGCGCCUGGGUCGGACGGCCUCGUCCGUGGCCACAACUGUGCCACCAGGAUCCCCUGCAGAGCAUGCGGCCUCGUCCUUGCUUGCGGUCUCCGCAUGCCAAAGCCCCACGCCAUCUCAGCAGCAGCCGACGAGACUGGCGAAACCCACUCACCUGUUGGAUGUGAAGGUGGGGGACUCGCCUUCGCCCACGCCGCCUGUGCCCGGCUCUCCCGUGGACCUGCCGUGGACGCGCUUGGCCUCCACCACUCUCGAACAAGGACUUGGGGACGAGGCGAAAGCCGACGACGUCCUUCGCAGCAGACCCGAAAGCAAAGUGGAAGAUAGUCGGAACGCAGGUGUUGAGCCGCCCGCCAGUGCCCAAGGCGAGCCAAAAGAUCCGAGACCGCUGGGUCAAGAGAAGAAAGCAGAUCCUGUUGUGGAUGAGCUGAAAUUGGAUGCGAGACGUGCGAGUCCGGAGCCAAAGGCCGAUGUUAGGAGGGCAGGGGAAGAGAAAAAAGCGGAUGCGAAAGGCGAGGAGCGUAAAGCAGACACGAGAGCUGCAGAAAGAAGCGAUGAGAGACGAGCCGACGCCAGGGCGAGAGGAGAAGAGCGGAAAGAGGUGCGGAUUAGAGGUGAUGACCCGAGAACCAUGGAGAGGAGAGGCAGAGGAGAGGACGCAAAGCCUGGCAUUAGGGGUCGAGGAGAGGAAGGGAAGGUAGUUGACAACAGACUUCGAGGCGAUGAGGCAAAGGCGGCACGCGGAAGAGGCGAAGACAUGAGGGCAGAGGCUAAGAAGAGGCUUUCCGGCGAGGAAGCAAAAGACGCCAGGGAGAGGCGUCGGUUGGGUGAAGAGGGAAAAGAGGAGGCCCGGAAGCCGGCAGCCAGGCGUGGUUUGGAAAAGGGCAAAGAACCCGGAUCGCCGGUCAAAGCAAAGCCUGCGAGGGAAGGUGAGCGGACGGCCGAGAAGCCGACCGAGAAGCCCGAGAAGCUGGAGAAAGCGCGGGAUCUUGGGGCUCCUCCGGAAAGUUCGGCCUCAGCAUGGAGAAAAUGGCGGUUGCUGCAAGAAGGCUCUGAGCAGAGGCCAGAGGAGGAGCAGGAGGCAAACUUCUGCAGGGAGAUGUUCAUCAGCCGAAGACAUGGUCGGCCGGAGGACCACUACCGAGUACUUGGCGUGCUGGGCAAGGGAUCUUUCGGUGUUGUUCGGAAAGUCCAAUGCCGGCAGACAAAGGCCAUGCGAGUGAUGAAGAUCGUUGACAAGCAGAAGGCUUUGAGUGGAGGAUAUCCCUUGAAGCUGAUCAUGGAAGAGAUCGACAAGCUCAAGUCACUGGAUCACCCAGCUGUUCUGCGACUUUUCGAGUACUACGCUGACUCCAGAUCCCUUUACUUGAUCACGGACCUCCUUCCAGGUGGAGACUUGCUCGAGGCGGUUGAAAAGUCGUAUGCCGAGAAAAAGCAGCUGCCAGAAGCAUGGGUUGCCGCAGUGUUCAGGCAAGCCUGUGAAGGCGUGGCGUACUGUCAUGCCAAGGGCGUGAUGCACAAAGACUUGAAGCUGGAGAAUAUUAUGCUAUGUUCCAUUGAUCCUCCUGAAGCCGUUGUCAUCGAUGUGGGCUUGGCGGAGCUCUUCCCCCCUGCUCAGGCCGACUCCUUCAAGUCCGCAGAUGCCGCCGGAACCCUGGCGACCAUGGCUCCGGAGGUAAUUCGCGGAAGCUUCUGCGCAAAGUGCGAUGUGUGGUCAUUGGGCUGCUGUCUCUAUGCGCUGCUGUGCACACGGCCAAGACGACUGAGAGACUCGCCCCUCCCGGAGGAUGCGAAGCCCGAAGAUGACGACCCCAGCUGUUACUACAACUACUUCUAUCCAUUCAGGCCACCCCUUGGCGAGUCUCGCGCAGAGCUCAAGGCUUACAUCGAGCGGCAGAGGCGGGGCCCAGAUUUGGCUCGCCUGCGCUGCUCCGCAGUUGCUGACGACUUGGUCAAGGAGCUCCUGACAUUUGAUGAACCUUCCAGGCCGCACCUGAUGGCCGUCCUAACUCACCGGUGGCUACAAGAGUCCCGGGAGCGGGAGCAGGUUUUAGGAGCCGGCCAAGUGGAUAGUUUGCUUCAGUUUCACCGGACCAACGCGCUGGCGCAGGCGGUGCUGCUGGACAUGGCAUCGCAGCUGCCACUUGCACAGCUGCGGGAGCUGACACAGCUCUUCGAGUCCAUGGACAAGGACGGAAACGGAAUGCUGGAUCGGGGAGAGCUCACCGAAGCGCUCAUGAAGGCAGGGUUGGAGCCCGAGCCCGCACGUCAAGCCGCCGUUCGGCUCUUGGACGAUGGCGGUGGCUCUGUGGAAUUCUCCCGCUUCGUGGCCGCGUUGGUUCCGUCGUGUCGAGAGCUCCUCACCGCCAAACUGCUUCGAAGCAGCUUCGACAGGCUGGAUGAGAACGGCGAUGGCUUCGUAAGCCGCGCAGAGUUGCAGCGCUUGCUGGAGAGAGCUGGAUCCAGACUGUCGCAUGCGCAGCAGCAGCUGGAAAAGAAAGACAGGCAUUCAGUGACUCAGCAGAAGAGUGAUCGUGUGCCAGACUCCUCAGACGAGGAUGUUUGCCCCUCGAGCGAGUCCAAGCGCCUCCGGGCUGCGAAAGCAGCGCGAAAAGCCUUCGACAACAUAAGUGGUGAAGGGCGCGUGCGCGUCUCCUUCGAAUCCUUGCAGAAGCUGUUGGGAGAUUUUACCUCCUGA